GGGGUUGUUACGUUCGUGCAUCAGCCUCGUUCAUAUCGCGCUCCGGGGACUCCGUGCCAGAGCGUGUGAGGGCGCGCGCGAGUGAGCAAGUGUGUGCAUGUGUGCGACUGUAUGUGUGCGAGCGCGCGCGCUUCCUCCGUGCGUUCUCGGAGACUCGGCAGCGCGUGCGACCGCGGGACUAUACAUGGGAUUUAAAGCGCCGCGCUGCUGCCCGCGUGUGGAAGGCGCGUGCCGGAGGACAGGGCUUCUGUGAGGAGGGAUGGAAAUACCGGGGGAACAGAGGAGCUCGAGCCCUUAAGUAGCGCACGCACACCGCGCGCGGAGAGCCAACAUCGCACACUCAGUGAAAUACUAUGGAAAGAUAAGAGCUGGAAGCUCGAGACGGAGACGGACCGGAGCUGAACACACACAGAGGGGGAGAUGCACAGAGCCUGGAUUCUUCUGAUUGUGAUAGAAGAGGGCUUUGCUCUGGCACAAAGAAUCAGAGAGGCUCAGAAUGAAGGUGGACCUCCGUCCAGGAAUGACCAAUGUGGCGUUUGGACCAAAACCAUCAGUGGAGGCCAAUUCAUGUCCCCCAACUACCCCAACACCUACCCCCCCAACAAGGAGUGUAUCUAUGUCCUGGAAGCACUCCCUCGCCAGAGAAUCCAGCUGGUCUUUGACAAAAACUACUACAUCGAGCCCUCGUUCGAGUGCCGUUUUGAUCACCUGGAGAUAAGGGAUGGCCCCUUUGGCUUCUCUCCGCUCAUCAACCGCUACUGUGGGCCCAAAAGCCCCGGUGUGGUCACCUCCACCGGCCGCUUCAUGUGGAUUAAAUUCACCACUGAUGAGGAGCUGGAGGGCCUGGGGUUCCGCGUCAAAUACACCUACAUAGCUGACCCAGAUUUUAAGCUGCACGUGGGCGGACUCCUGAAUCCAAUCCCAGACUGCCAAUUUGAAGUCAGCGGCUCAGACGGCUUUGUGCGCUCCAGCCAAGUGGACGAGGAGGAGAAGGUCAAAGUCGGGGAAGCUCUGGACUGCAUCUGGACGAUCCGAGCGCCUCCUCAUUCCAAGAUAUACCUGCGCUUCCUGGAGUACCAGAUGGAGAACUCGAACGAGUGCAAGAGGAACUUUGUUGCCGUUUAUGACGGUAGCAGCGCCAUCGAGAACCUGAAGGCCAAGUUCUGCAGCACCGUGGCCAACGACGUCAUGCUGGAGACCGGCGUGGGCGUGGUCCGCAUGUGGGCCGACGAAACCAGCAGGCUCAGCCGCUUCCGCAUGCUCUUCACCUCCUUCGUGGACCCUCCUUGCUCUGGCAACACCUUCUUCUGCCACAGCAACAUGUGCAUCAACAAUUCGCUGGUGUGCAAUGGCGUGCAGAACUGCGUGUACCCUUGGGAUGAAAACCACUGCAAGGAGAAGAAGUCUAAAGGCCUUUUCCACCAGAUCACCAAAACCCACGGCACUGUCAUCGGCAUCUCCUCCGGCGUGGUUCUGGUGCUGCUCAUCAUCUCCAUCCUGGUGCAGAUGAAGCAGCCCCGUAAGAAGGUGGUGGCGCGGCGUCCGGCUGUUUUCAACAAGGCCGGCUUCCAGGAGGUCUUCGACCCUCCACACUAUGAGCUCUUCUCGCUGCGGGACAAGGAGCUGUCCUCAGAUCUGGCCGAGCUUUCCGAGGAGCUGGAGAGCUUCCAUAAGCUGCGGCGUUCCUCCACCGUGUCCCGGUGCGUCCACGAGCAUCACUGCGGUGCUCAGGUGCCACCCAGUGCCAAGCAGAGCCGCUCCACGCUGAGCUCCAUGGAGCUGUCCUACCACAACGACUUCUCCAAACCUCCUCCGCCCAUGAAGACCUUCAACAGCAGCAGCAGCGGCAGCGGCACCGGCAGCUACAAGAAAAGCUGCUACGGCUACAAACAGACUCACGAGUGCGCCGAGCAGGUCAUCGAAGACCGAGUGAUGGAGGAAAUCCCCUGCGAGAUUUACGUGAGGGGCGGGGCCACAGGGAGCAUCGGCAGCGGCUGCGGCAGCAUCAGCAUCCGUAACCACGGCAGCGUCGCACGUAGUAACAGCGCCGCCGUGGCCGACCAGGGCCAGCGGUCCAUCUCCAUGGACUUCUGAAUAGAUCGAGGCGGGAGAAGCGGAGGCGAGGAAAGGGAAGAGAAGGAGCCUGACCUCCAUAGAAUCUAACUAUUAUUACUAUUAUUAUUAUUAUUAUUAUUAUUUCUUUUUUUUUUAAUAUAUAUAUAUAUUUUUUUUUGUUCUUCAUUUCUUUAUCGUUUGUCAUUGUUUAAAAAAAAACCUGCCUUUCUGAUGUGAAAUGAAAGCGGUCCAUCUACCUGGACUUCCGGAAGAAUGAGGGAGGAAAAGGAGGGGAAACAGAGGGGAAACCUUCACUUUGUCCUUCACUGCAAAAAGGUGCUUCAGCGAGUGAAAUCAUCCUUAAUCUAGUCAAUACAUCUAAAUAACGAGACCUCACAGAACUCUUGUUAAACUAUUAUUGGAUUUAUUUCUAGAUGUUUACUGUGUCUGUUUACUUUUGUUCUAAGUGCUUUUAGUAGUAGACAAGGAGUAAAGUGGCCACUUUAGAGUGAAGUAGUAAUUCCAGGGGGUUAAAUUUACUCAGUUUAACAUACUAAUAAGAAAUUUAAUGUAAAAUGGCCUGUGGCAUAUUUUAGAUAUUGUUUUCUUUGAUCAAUAGGUUAAAAAUGUGCACUGACACAUUUGAGUAUCACUUCAGUUUUCCCUGUAGAGGAUGUGUUAACGUAUUUUCACUUAAAUCAACAAAACAUGCCAUUUGACCAGAGGUGUUCGAAUCAUUUCGAGUCCUCAGUGAAUGGAGCUAAACGGCUAAAAACCUACAGGUUAAAUAGCUUCUAAUCACAGACACAGAACUUUCCUUUAAUGUUAGAAAGUAGAAGAAUAUAUUUCACUAAAACAGCAAAGAAAAUCACCUGGAUGUUCUUUUUCUACAGCAGUCGGGUUUUACUGCUACUGAGUGCUGACUGAUUAGCAUUACUACUACUGAGUGCUGACUGAUUAGCAUUACUACUACUGAGUGCUGACUGAUUAGCACUACUGCUACUGAGUGCUGACUAAUUAGCACU